UUGAACUUCGCAUUUCUUUGCAACAUCAUCCGAGUACUGGUCACAAAGUUGCGAGCUACACAUAGCAAUGAACCGAGUCAGUUUAGGAAGGCUGUUCGUGCAACUUUGGUUCUGGUUCCCUUGUUCGGAUUACACUUUUUUCUUGUUAUCUAUCGUCCGCAGUAUGGGGAAUGCACAGCUUUGGAAGGCUAUACUUUCCUCAGCUAUUCCAUGGAUGGCCUGCAGGGAUUUUUGGUUUCCCUCAUCUUCUGCUACUUGAAUGGUGAAAUCCAAGGCCUGCUCCGGCGAUCAAUUCAAAAGUUACGGCUGCAGAGGAGUCUUACUUCCUCGUCCGAGUGGAGACGCUCGACUCGUUCAGAGCCUUUAAGCAGGAUGAUGGUCAAUGGUCGUGGCCAACGAGGAGCUUUGAGGCCUUUUCUAUAUGUGAAACAAUAACAGAUUUAGUUAGACGAUCCGUAUACCGUUUGCGACUCCAGUAUUCCUUGAAUGUGAAGCCGUCCUCUGUCACUCUGUCCAAUCUCCCAGUCGCAGUAUCACGUUCGAAGCAAAAGACACACCCCUCCCAUUAUAACCGACGAAACGUGAUGAAAAGAGACUCGUACUCUGUGGAAGAAAUAUCGGAUUUAUUCUAAUAUCGCAUUUCUGCCGGUAACCUAUUUUGCCGCCGUUGUUUGCGUCAAAGUGAUUUCUAAACAUGCUGUGAAUCUCCAUCGCUGAUCUUUAAAUUUAAGAUCAGGAAGAACAUUACCUUGUGAUUAAAGUUUUGUUAAAUUUAUCUACUUCCAGUUAAGAGAUAUGAAAACCAUUUCGUCUGUUGUCAUUGCAGUAAUUUGAACCGAACCUUCCUUACCUUUACAGGAGCUUUGCUUUUGGUUGUAAAUCAUGUAUAUCAUAUACAUCGUGUUUAAAUGAAUAUAUGUGUAUGUACCAUAUUCUUACUUUUCUUUACUACCUAAUACAUUCUUUUUGAGUGCAGAAACAAAAUCUGUUAUCAGAAAUGACAAUAUGCACUAUCGGUUCAAAAUAUUUGAAAUGUUUAUAACAGAGGAAGUUAAGAAGUCGGAAUUUGUGUCUGGAACAUGCAGCAAAACAGGCAAAUAUUUUCAGUUUAAAAUUAGUAAAGAAUUCAAUAUUUAGCAUAGAAGGAUACACAACGUGCAUACUGAGUAUUCAAAUUAGGAAAGGCUGUAAUUUCUAAUUGGUCUCAUUUAACGCGGAAAUCUCAGGAAAUAAAAGUGUAAAAUUAAUAAUCCUUUCAAAACGUUACCUUUAAUUUGUUCAGAAUAAAUCUAUUUGCAGUUAAUAAUAAAUAUUGCAUAAAAUAAAGUAAUAAAUAAUAAAUAAUGCAAAAACAUUUGUACCAAAUACAGAAAGUUCUAAAACUUUGUGUAAUCAAACAUUGUUCCCUGUCUUGCUUAGUUUUCAAAAAACGAAUUUUAAAGGUUUUUUUUACUAGACCCUCUAAGAACGUUUUGAAUUAACUGAAUCGGCAACUCGUAUUUGCUCUCCUAUUUCUAGACCCUUUUUCUCAAAUUCUUGAACAAUCAAAAGAUAAAAGGGAACUUGAAAGAGAAAAUCUAUAGUUUCGUACAUUUAACCUUUAUUAAGUGAAAUAAUAUAUUUUGAUAUAUUUUGAGAUAAUAUAUCUAACAAAGUUUAUUUAACAUUAAAACUAAUAUAUAGUUGAAAACCAAAUGUUCAGAUCAACUUUCAACAAUCUUUUAAAAUGCUAUUCAGUUGUCCCCUACCAAUUCGUCAUAAAUCUGUUAACUCAACUGAAAGCAACGAACUUAUAACUGGGCAUUAUUGAUAGUGUACAUAAAACGUCCAUUGCACUCAAUAUGGACUUGUAAGCAAUAUAAUUCAUUCCUUAAAAAUAAAUUUAACACCUAAAAUUUAGUGGAAAUUAGCACAAAUAAUGUACAAUAUUUGCUGUAAAUAAAUUUAAUGUUCAAAACAGUCUUUUAGCCAAUCUGAAGUUCAAAACUAGAUUUCAUUCGUAGUACCUGACUGAAACCUAGAAUCAUGUUUUCGUUAAUAAACAGUCACAAAGAUAUUCUUCGCUUUUCUUCAAAACAGAUAAAAUUCAUAAGGAUGAUGUUUUAUUUUUUAAUUUUUAAAAUUCAACGUCGGAAGCAAUUAUUCAAUAAGUGGAGCUGGAAAAUCAUUUGAUGUUGGUACAUUGUUAGUGAAACUUUUUGUCAUUCAAAUUUAAUAAGUCUUUAUUGUAGGACAAUGUCAUUCAGAAUUCCCAAGUUUUAACUCCAACUCUUCUACCUUGACUUGAGCAAGUGAAGCUAUUUUUGUUGUAUUUGCUUAUGUGCAUCUACUUCUGUUAGAGUUAUAUGCCAAUUAAGCGACUGUAUAAAUAAUGUUACCAUUGUCUGAGUGUUAGAAUUGCUCGAAAUUUCUUUUCAAACAACUUGUAAAUUAUUUGAAAGUGGAUAGUAAUCUAUGAGAAAUCAACAUCAAUGUCAUUUUGUCUAGUUUAGAAUUUAAAUCUAAUCAAAUAGCUCUUUCAAUAUGUUGCUAUUUAUCUAGCCUUAAUCUUUGAUAGACGAGUUCUUAGUUUUAGGCAAACUGUACUUUUAAUGCUGAGUAAUCAUGCAUAUAAAUUAAAAUUUCUAAAAUAUUUUUUGGUGAAUACCUAUCUAUGAGAUUGACCAAAUUAAAAAUAAUUACAACUUCUACAUUUGGCAACAACUUCUCUUGGAGCGUCACAUUAAGAAAAUUUUAUAAUAAUCAAUAUCUAUGUAUUAACAGUUGUUUCAACUAAAUAGCUCGGAAAAGGUAAUAUUUUAAAUAGCUUCCACUAUUUAUGACACCUUUUUCUUUGUAAGUGUGCAAAAUGAAUUAAGUUGAACUACAUCUCUCUUCUCUAAAAUGCUGUAAAGCAAUAUUUCCCCAUCGUCAUAUUUGACUCGCAGCCAGGCAGGAUUCCAAACUAACUGCUUAAAAUGGUAUUUUCUCAAUACAGAAUUGCAAUGCCGAAGUCUCUCCACAGAACUCUGAUACUAUUACUUCUUUGCCUAGCGAAUGUUUUUCAUAAACACAUUAAUUAAUUUUUUUGUAGUAAGUGAUGGGAAUUGGAGAAAUAAGACAGUUUCAGACAAAUUAAAAAGGAUUACUUGGCAGUGUUAACACGGUAUUAAUCAUAAGUGUAAUAAUAUCUGGUAAUAUUAUGCUAUUUGUGAAGUCUCAAAUUUACUUUUCUGUCUCUCUACUUAAAUUUUAGAGUUAAAAAAUUAAUCUAUCGUUUUCUAUCGGUAGAUAGAAUCUUAUACGAACUGUAAAAUACGAAGUGUAAGCAUAUAUACAUGUUUAUUCUUUUUAUACUUCAUAUACACAUGUACUUCAAAACUUAUGUUACUAAUAAAAUUUAAUUGUUAUUAUUAUUUUACUUAUAUAAGAAUCUAACUAUAAAUAACUGUUGUUUUGAUCAAUAUUCCUGUGUCAAAAUGAUGUUAAACCACAAAAGCAUAUACUCAUUGUUAUUCUCUUCUAAUUCCUAUAAUUCACUAAUUUAGAGCAAAAUAAAAUUACUUCAGAAACUGAAGGCUUAGAGAAUGCUUCAGAAUCUGAAUGCUAGUUUCGAAACAUAGUUUUGAACCUUCAGAACCGAAUGCCAGAUAAGAAAAUUAAGUUCCAAACUUCUUUGUUAUAGUUUUAACUUAUAUAAAGCUUUAAUAGGAAAUAAACAGAGGAAAACACUAUGGUACUUAUGAAAAUGAUUAUGAUACUCGUAACUGGUAUCAUUAGAAGUGUAAUAAAAUUUUAAAAAAUUAACGGAUUAAAAUGCACUACGAGUGGCAAAAUUCAGUUACUUUGUAAAUAUCAUACGUGAAAAACAUAUUCUUUCGCUUUAGUUAAUAAGCAUUCAAAAUAUGCAAUGCUAUAGAUUCAGAAAAGUUGUCUAUAGUUCUGUAUUCCAGAAAAAACUAACUUGAAAACAUUGAAGCUGCUGUUUUACUCCAGUUUUUCACGCUGAGAAUUCUUUUAGAAUUCGAUUAAACAAAUAUGUGCAACCUUGCUCUUUUGUUUAUUUCUAUCAAUUUUGCUCUAAAUGAACUUUCUUCUGAGAGGUUUCUCCUUUUCCUUUAAUUCUCUUUUUUAGCACUUUUACUUCCUUCUUCAAAGUAAAGGAUGUAUUGUAAUCUCGAAACAUUUCGGGUAUCAUAUCUCAAAGAAAUAUCCAUUGUGACCGCUCUUGAAUCCAUUUGAACUAUGUUUUUGCAUGACAGCUGUACGUACGAAUGGAAUAAAAGACUCUUUUUGCCAAAACGGAUUUCAAAAUGGAUUUAGAGGAGGCUUUUUUUUUUUUUUUUUUUCAUGACAUCCGUAUGUAUCUCGCAUAACUCAAAAAUGAUUGGCCUCAAAAUGUUGAAACUUUGCAUAUAAGACUGCUAUAACAUAAUUGUGCAUUUCCCUUUUUGGUUAUAAUAGGCGGCACCAGAAUAUAUAUAUAUAUAUAUAUACUCACUCUGUUACUCGGCUCGGUGAGCUCAGUGUUUUUAUUCUUAUUUGUUGGUAAAUUGUUCAUUUUUUGCUUUAAAAAUGAUUGAAUUGUGUUGUUCUUAUUAUCCGGUUAAUAUUUCUGUGUCUUUGAUUAAUCUGCAUGGGAUAGUUGUAGAAUUAUCAACAAUUUCAAAAAUGCCACUAAGUCUAACGAAGACGCCAUUCGUUUACAUUUGAAACUCUUAGUAGCACAGUGAAUUAAGUCAGUUGAUGCACAAGCGUCAGUGUCUUUGUGUUCAGUGUGAUCAUUAGUUAACUUUCAGUUAUGAGCACCGAAACUUUCGUCUUCUUGCCCCCUGGCUGAAUCGCUUGUUUUUGCGUAGGAACUCUAAUUUCAAUUGCAAAAAUUAUUUUUAACUGUAUUUGGUGUUUUAGGCUUUUCUGUAUUCUACAAUUUUUAAUGAAGAUUAAGUGUUCAUUUUUUCUCCCUGUCUUGCCCUGAAGUGAGAACUGAAUUGAUUGAAUUAGAAAUAUAUCUCUAAUUAAAUUCAAGGAAAUAAGUUUAAAUGAAGUUCAGCAAAAAUGUGCAAAAUUUAAUAGACCGUACGAGGGAGUCAUGUGGUGUCCACAUUAGAUAUAUUCUUUAAAAAGGCAACGCUUGUUCAUAGUUUUUACGCUCCAGGUCUGAAACAAUUAAACAGUAAAAUUAAGAAGGGAUUAUUAGUAGCGUCGGUAUAAAUAGAAGGUUCCAAAGAUUUUGAUUCGAAUUUGUACCAAAAUUUAAAAAAGAAGUUUGUUUUGUAGGUUUGCUAAAUGAAGUAGCCGCCAGAUAAGUGAAUUAAAAUAGUAUAUGUGCUCCGCUUGAUCUUUGUCUUAACAUUAAAAUAUAAGUUAAUAAUGAGCUUAUAUUAAAAAGGUAACUAAAUUUCAAAUCAAGUUUGUUUAUUGCUUUCAUUUAUCACUAACAGCUGAAAUGAUUUUUAAAGCUAAAAUUUUCCUGAUUAAAUAAAUUUAGGAAAUAAAUAUAACUUUGCGGCUGUACAUUAUCGGUAUCUUUUCCUAUAUAUUCAGGUUAAUUUUAUCUCGAGUAUAAGUAUAAUAGUAGAAGUCCAAGUUUGAUUUCACUUUUGAAAUUAAACUUCAUUCAUGCAUUAGUACGACUGGUCUCUCAUAAAAAUAUUCAUGAUUAUUAACUUGUGAUUGAUUGUAUUUGGUUUGAAGUUUUGGAUAACCCUAAAACUGUAUUUGAUAGUCUUGGUUUCUGCUAUACUUCCUAAUCUGUAAAAUUAAUGGAAGGGCAUUCUUAUUUCUAAAAGUAAUUUUUUCCAACCAUACUUUUAUUAUUUUAAGAAACUGAAUCGAUUAUAUAGUGGUUAAUUUAUUACCUUUUUUUAUAAGUGUCCAUAUGCCGUUAGAUUAAUAUAUAUCAUUAAAGAAAAUACGUAGUAGAUAUGAUUUGUAUGUUUGAUAUAUGAACAAUUAAGUAAAUGUGCAUAUUUGUUUUGAUAUGUGUCUUCAAGAGAAUUAUUUGCUAAAAAUCAGUAUUUAAUUUGAAUGUAUCUAUUAAAUUACAAGAGCAUACUUUAUUUUUUCCAUAAAAAAUUUUAUAUCAUGUAUACAUCAUUAGAAAGAUUAUUGAUGAGAAAGAAUUUUUUCAGUAUUACUUGCCGUGUGUACUAUGAAUUGUGUUUGUGUGGUGUUAUGAAUAAAAUCAUCACUGUUGUC